UUGUGACAGUUGGUUGAAGACUAAAAAAAACGAGAAUUUAAACUGCAACGGCGAAUAACAACAUUUUUAUUUUCGAAAAUUGUUUGUUUUUAGUUCAAAUGGUUUCUUUAACAAUAUAACAGAAAGCGAGGGGUUUAUGAAUAAUAAAAUUGCUCACGAUUAACUCCCAAGUCAUGUUACACAAAUGGAAAUUCAUUCUUACAAAUUGGAUAAACUGCUACUUCAACAACUCAAAGACAGAAGAAUGUAUCUCAAUAGAUACCCUUCUCACAAUAAUAUCCCAUUUACACAAAAAAAGUUUGGACGAAUCCAAAUCUUCGAUUUUAGAAGCACAAACAGUUGAAGAGUUCAUUCUAGAGAAGUAUCCGGAAUUCAAAUUUGAGGAUGGAACUGUUGAACCGACCAAUGAGGAGGAAGUUUACAUUGUUGCGUCGUUGCUGUUGUUUUUUGUGUGUGUGAACUCUAAGGAUGUGGAUAUAAAACACGCAAUGUGCAGCAAACUGAGCCCCGAAGACCAGGAGACCAUUAUGAAGUUUAGCAAAUGUUUGAUGGAGUGCUCUCCUGUCACAUGCAGGGAUGUCUUGGCAGCUAUCAUAGAGGCUUGCGGGGAAGAUAUAGCAGCGGGCUCACACGCGACCGUGGGCGUGACGGAGACACCGCCGGCGCUGCGCUCGCUGCACGGCGAGCUGCGGCGCCUGCAGGCCGCGCUCGAUGCCGAGCGCUUCGAUCGCAACUAUCUGCAGGAGGAGCUUGCGCGGACCAACCGCGCCAUGGAGAAACUUGUGAAAGACAAGGAACAAUACAAGCAAGACAUAAUGGAGCUGAAGGCGCGGAUCUCGCUGUGCUGCGGGCAGGAGGCGGAGGCGCACAGCGCGGACGGCGCGGGCGAGGGCGCGGCGAGGCUGCAGCGGCAGUUACACGACGCUGAGGAACGAUUGGUGCAUACACAGGAGAUGCUGGACGACAUAACCUACGAGAGGGACACUUACAAAGCUAAGGUGGAAGAACUAAAGCAAGAGCGCGACAAAUGGUUAACGGUGAGCCAGGAGGAGACGUCUCGCGCGUGUCAGUUAGCUGAAGAAUUAGAAGUGGAGCGACGCCGAGCGAUGGCGUUACAUGAGCUGGUGGCAGAGUUACGACAGCACAGGAAGAACAACGGGCUUGAUACCAGUCAGUUCGAGUGCGAUGACCCCGACGCUAGUCUGCACUCCCUCCACAAUGCCUCGGUUUGCAGCGAAGCUUGCGCCAAUGUAAUUGAAGUUCAACUAAGUGAAGAAAGAGCAAAGAUUGUAGUACUAAAACAACAAAUUGACAGUUUACAGGAUCAAUUCAAAGAAUUAAGCCAGAAAGCAGAAAACGAAAAGAUGUCCCUUGAAGGUAUCAUAUCUGAAAAGGACAAUGAUAUUUUCAACCUAAAACAUCGUAUCAAUGAAGAAAUUGAGGAGAAAAACAAUAUGAAAGCCCAAUAUGACGAUGACAUCAGCAAACUCAACAACGAGAUGAAUGAAUUGGAACAACGAUUGAAAGAAAACACAGAGAACUCAAGAGCUUCUAUUGAACAGAAGAUGCAAGAAAUACAAACACUACAGGAAGAGAAGUUAUCCUUGCUCCAAAGUCUGUCCGAUGAGACAACCAAGCUUGAAACCAUUAUCAAAAACUUAAAAACCGACAUUGAAACUGAGAAGAACAUGAAAUCUAAAAUGAAAGAAGAUUAUGACAACCAGUUAAUGAAGCUAAACGAAAAAGUACUCAAUAGGAAUAAUGAACUUGUCGAACUACAAAAUAAAAUUUUCGAGAAUGGUGACGUGAUCGAGAAAUUACAAAUGAGCCUUAAGAAGGAAAAGGAAAUAAAUUCCGAACUUUCUAAUAAAUGCAAUAAUGACAUCGCGCAACUGAACGAAGAGAAGACAACACUCGAACGUAAUUUACACCAGAAAACUGAGGAAGCUAAAGAACUGCAGAAGCGUUUGCUACAGAAUGUGGCUGUUUUCGCGGAAUUCAACAAAGAAAUAGACGAUUUGAAGGCAGCUAACGAAGACUUAGUUGAGAAUUAUAGGAUAUUGGAAGAUGCGAAAAAGUCAUUGUUGGCUGAGAUCCGGCAAAGAGAUGACGACGUCGAGGGAAUAAGAAAAGAAAUAGAAAAUAUUACUAAUAUUUUCAGUGAGGAGAAAGAUAAAUUCGUACGGAACGUAGAGGAGAGAAACACAACCAUAAAUGCACUGCAAAUCCAAUUGCACGAUGAGAUUCAGUAUAAGAUCAGAUUAGAAAGUGAAUUACAACACUUAAUGCAGGCUAAAACAUUGUUGUCCGAAGAACUUGCAGAUCUGAGCAAGUCCCUGAAUGUUUGCAAGGCGGAAAUUCAGGAUAAGGAUCGUACAAUCUACGCGUUAGACUUGUACUUGAAGGAAGAAAAGCACAUCAACAAAAAUCUGAAGGCCGAAAAUGAAAAAUUGAAUGAGGACUUGAAUAAACUUAGUACUGCAAUUUCCGCGAAAAGCAGCGAGAUGAAUAUGUUGGAGGAAAAACUUGAGAAUGAUUCAGUUCGCUUUGAAGAUGAAUUACGCAAGAAGGAGGAGGCUCUAGAAUUGACAAAUGAAAAACUUCUAGUUGAAAUGCAAGAGAAGGAAGUGUUACAGGGUUUAUUGAUAACAAUAAACGAAGAAAAAGAUCUUGCGUAUUCAGAGUCGAUGGAGAGACGUAGGGAACUAGAAGAUUUGCAAGUGGCAUAUACUAAUUUGAGUCAAGAGAUGGAACAAAAUGUCAUAAUAAUCGAAUCAUUGGGAAAUAAGAUUGAAAGAGAAACUAAAAAAUAUUUACAGCUUGAAAUAGAUUUUGAUAAACAGACGUCUAAUAUGAUGGCUAAACUUAACGAUACUGAGAAGAAGCUCAAAGAAGUUAGCGCAAAAUCUAAAGUUAUAGUUGAAGACAAAAGGUUACAAAUAGAAACGCUUAAAAUUGAAUUUGCAAACCUGAAUAAAACAAUAGAAGCUGAACGUGAAAACAUGUCAGUAGUAGAAAAUGAACGCGAGGCGUUAAAACAGAAGUUAGAUGAAGAAUUGUGUUACAAAAACAAGAUUGAAAAAGAAUAUCAAAAUCAAUGUGCAAUGGUGGAAAACCUUACGUCUCAGUUUACUGGAGAAAUUGCCUUGAAAUCUGAUGAAAUAAUCGCAUUGAAAGAUGAAGUAGAGAAGUUAUUAAAAACAGUAGAAAUAAAAACUGAAGAACUCAAAAAUAUGGAAGCGAAAUUGGUUCAGGACACAGACGCUUCAAGGGAGCUAGCCUACCUGAAGGGUCAGGAGAUCAAAAAGUUACUGCAAAAGAUUGAGGAACUAGAAGCGUUCAAUGAUGAGUUGGAACAAGAAUUGAAGAAAGAAGUCGCAAGUAAGAUACAAGCAAUAGAUGCGUUGCAGAGAGAAAAUGAACAGUUACAUUUCACCAUUGAGGAAGAUAAUAGCAAUCAUGAAAUUAUGAUAAAAGAAAGAGAUAACAUCAUCGAAUGUUUGGAAGAGCGUGUUAGAGUUAUCACUGUUCAACUAGAGUCCCUUCGUAAAGAUUACGAAACUAGUACUCUGACAUGGGAGAAGACUAAGGUUGACAUGCGAGAGGAGCUAGACGACAAAGACAAUGAAAUCGAAAAAUUAAAGGAAGAUAUUUGUUUAUUGCGAAACGAAUUAGAUCAAAACGUCUUCAACGCUGAGAAAGUUGAAAGUGACCUAAAGCGGCAGGUAGAAGAAAUCAUAAGACAGAACAGUGAUGCUGAUUCUAAAAAGAAGGAUCAGAUCAAGAAAUAUAUUGAGGAGAUUAACCAAUAUGAAAUAAGAGUCAUUAAUCUUGAAAGAGAUGAUGAAGCUUUAAGAGUUGAGUUGAAAAAUGAAAAGGCAGCCAAGGAGAUACUUGAAAAUGAAAAAGCAGGUCUUCUUAAACGAAAUGAGAGUUUAAUCAGAGAAUUAUACCAAGAACAAUCGUUAUCGCUGGAACUUAAGGCUGAAAAGAAUGCUCUGCUACAAGAGAAAUCGAUGUUGACUGAAGAAUUACUGGGAGAAAAAUCUGCAAGACAAAUAUUAGAUGAAAAACAACAAGCUAUUUUAUCAGAGAAGCAAGUUCUGGAGCAGCAAUUAUUUGAAGAAACAACAAUAAAGAACAUGUUAGUUGAAGAAAAGGACAAUCUUACUGCACAACUUGUAGAGGAAAGAAAUAUUAAGCAACAGUUGGAGCAUGGGGAGAUAGGUUUGCAAGAAGUGACGGAAACGUUACAACACAGAUUAAAUGAAGAGUUGAGGCUCAGAAGUAACCUCGAAGAAGAAAGAGAUUACCUCAUACGGGAGAAAAAUGACUCCAUUGAGACGUUGGCUCAGUUGAAUCAGCAAAUAGCUAUGGAGACUGCUGCUAAAGAUCUUUUACAGGAAGAGGUAAACAGACUAACCGAUAGUUUGAAAGAAGAAAUCUUAUCGAAGGAACAGGUGUGCAAAGAGAAACAAACUCUUUUUGAUGAGUAUAGUUGUUUAAAGAAAGAGAUUGCAGACCUUAAACUUAUUGAAGAAACCCUUACACGUGAAAAGGAACAAUUGAAUAAAGAAAAACAGCUUCUUCAGGAUGAAAGUAGUUCUUUAAAAGAUACUAUUAGCGAACUGAAUUCAAAUAAUGAAAGUCUAUUACGUGAUAAAGACUUAUUGUCUGAACAAAAUCAUAACUUGCAAAGUGACAUUGAGAGCCUUAGAAACAGUAUUGUUGAGCUUCAAACGAUCCACGAUAACAUGUCUGAAGACAAACAAAGUAUAUUUGAUGAAAACAGUUCCCUUAAAAUCAACUUUGCACAAUUGCUUGAAGAAAAACAGAAAAUGUUUGAUGAAAACAAUACUCUGAAAAAUGAUAUUGUCAAACUUAAAGUGAUCCAAGAUACCCUUACUCACGAAAACGAGCAUUUCUGUGAAGAAAAACAGUCUCUUUGUAAUGAAAACACUAAUUUAAAAAAUGGUAUUGAAGAACUUAAGGCUGUUCAAGCAACUCUAACAAGCAACAACGAACAAAUAAACGAAGAAAAACAAAAGUUAUAUGAUGAAAAUAGUUCCCUGAAAGACGCCUUAUCAGAACUGAAGAUAUUGCAUGAAAAUAUCACCAUAGUAAAAGAAGAAUUAGACAAAGAAAAUCAGAGUGUGAUUAAUGAAAAUAGUUCUCUGAAAAAUAACAUUACGGAAUUGAAUACGAUUAAAGAGAUGCUUAUACAUGAUAAAGAAGUACUUGGUGUUGAAAAAGAGACAUUAAUGCAAAAUUUGAGUGUAGAGAAAGCUGCUCGCGAUGAAUUGGAGAGUGAGAAGAGCUCAGUGUCUGACACUCUUAAAGAGCUCCAAGAAAAGUUUGAAAUUGACAUGAAAGUGAAAGAGGAACAACUAUCAACAGUAUCGUCUGAACUCCAACAAGUGAAACUAGAUGUGAAAAAACAUGAAGACAAACAUUUAAAUAUAGUGUCAGUCGUAGAAAGUGGUUUUGGGAAGCUUUUGCAGAAUAUUAAGGGAGAGAAGAUUGAUAAUGAUGUGUUGCAGAAAUUGAUUACUGUUGAGAAUGAAGAAGGCAUGUCUAUAGAGGAGAAAUGCCAUCUUCUUAUCAACGUAGCGGAUACACUAAGAACAGAAUUGUCGGUUAGACAAAACCUGGCGAUGGCGUUAGAACAUGAGAGCACAGCAGUAGAUGAGUUGAAGGAUAUUAUUAAACAGAAAGAGAUGCAAGUGUUCGACCUUCAAACAGAGGUAAAACGAUUGCAACAGGUUGUCUAUGAGAACCAAGUUGAACUGUCAAAACAAACGGAAAUCUAUAACACGACAAUGGACGCUAAAGUGAAAAAUAUCCAGACGUUACAACAAGAGAACAAAUCUUUGAACAACGAAUUAAAUGAUGUGAAAGUGCAGCUCGAAGUAAAAGUCCAUUCUUUGAAGGAGAAGCUGAUUGACAAUGAGAAUUUGACGGACAAAUUGAAGAAGACUUACGAGUGUCAGAUCGAAAACUUAAACGUAAUGAUAACUAAAUUGACAAGUUACUUGAAAGAGAAAACAGCUGAAUUAGAGUCUUUAAGAAAGGAGAAAGAUAAAUUGCAACAAGUUAUUGAUGAGAACAAUAGAGUUGUAACAUCCCUAGAAGAAGAAGUGAAAAUUCAGAAGCAGAAUCAAGAGAAGCUUAUAAGCGAUUUUGAAUCCGAGCGACAAGUAAUUAAAAACAUGGUGACUGUCACUGAAUCUAUCAUGGAGGAUCAGAAAGUAAGCCUCACCAAAGUAAUAAGCGACCAUGAGAAAACCAUAGAAACAUUACAAACAGAGAAAAAAGCUUUAGAAGAACUAAUUGAAGCUACUAAUAAGAAAGCCGACGAACUUGUACAAGAGAAGCAAGUCGCCUUCGAAACAGUAUUCAAAGAACUAACCGAAAUAAGAAAAGAAAAAGAGACCAUCGAAAAAGAAAUGACUAUAAACAAAGAGUUUUUGAACAAAGAGAUUGCAAUGCUCAAAGAAGAAUUGACGUCUAUAUCAAGUAAAACAGAGUCGUUAGACGUGCAAAAUAAGGUAAUUAUGAAAGAAAAGAAACAGAUUCAGAAAGAGCUGCAGAGAGAGGUGGAAGCUUUGAAGGAGGAAAUAAAGGCAAAAGUGUUGGUUAUUGAAAAGUUGGAAACACGAAAUGAGGAGUUGAAUAGUGUAAUUGAUAAGUUAAAAGAUGACUUACUAUGCCUCCAAGAGAAAGACAACGAACUGAAAAUAAAAAAGGAUUCCUUAGAAUCUGAACUUCUGAAUAGAAUUGAAAAAUUAACUAAAGUACUUAGCGAUGACACAGCUAAGAACGACAAAUUCAAAUCAAAACUUCAAGAAAAGCUGCAAUCGAAAUCUGCUGUACAAGAAAAGGUCAAGGUUCUUACUGACGAAAUCAUAGACUUGGUGAAUGAGAAGAAUGAGUACAUAUCCAAAUUGGAUGAAGUGAGGGCCGAUUGGGAAUCUAGUGAGAUCAAAGCAAAAGAAAAGAUUGACUUGCUGAAAAUGGAGAACGCUAACCUACAUGAAGUUAUUGAAGAUAAUAAAACUGUGAUAUACAACUUGGAAACGCUAGUGAAAAGGGAAUUGGAGCAUAACCAGAAACUCCGCGAAGACAACACCAGCGAAAAACUGAACAUCGAGAACAAAUGUUCUCUCUUACAGGAGUACCAGACUAAAGCAGAAAAACAGCUGCAAGACAGAGAUAGAGAGAUAUACUCGCUGAAAGAGCAAGUCAAAACCGAAGCGAAGUUAGCGCGGGACAUCGAGAAUUUGAAGGAAGAACUGACUCAGAAAGACGCGAUGGUAGCUAAGAUAGCUCGGGAUAAGGAUGAAGUUAUCAACACGUUGAAUAAGGAACUAGUCGAUGAAAAGGCGAUUAGGGAACAGUAUCAAAAGCAGUUAGAAGCUAAGACAGUGACUGUGUAUGAACUGCGACAGAAGUUGGAAGAGGUUAAGAGUGAGGCUGAAGUGCUGGAAUCUAUUAAGAAAGAGAAUGAAGAAUUGAUCAAAGCUGUUGGCCAACGAGAGACAUUUGCCGCGAUCCAAGAAAGGUUAUCAAGCCACAAACUCUCGAGCCAAACCGAGAAGGACCUGCGAGACCGGCACCAGGUUAGCACCCCCACCUCAGAUCUCACUCACUCCUCCAUGGAGAGCUUCAAAACCAUCACUGACUUAGAAAAGAUCAUUCAUGACAAGAACCGCACCAUUACCGCUCUACAGAGCGACAUCACCUACCUGAAAUCACUAAUGGCAGACUCCGAAAACAAACUGUUGGAUGUGACCAAAGAACUUGAAAUAACAAAGGAGAAUUGCGAGCAACUCUCGUGCCAACUGAAGAAGAUCGUCCAUCAAAAGAACGAAGAGAUCGCGGAUUUGAAAAAACAAGUCUCAAAGAUGAGUGUCACCGAAAACCGAGCUAGUCAAAUCAUUAAAGUCUCGGCGAAGUACCAGGCAAUCAUACUGAAGAGGAUUGCCGAAAUUAAGUCCAAUACGAUACUGAAAGAAUUGACCAACUUCGGCAACACAGCCAAUUCUGAUAGCGAGCUAAAACGGAGCUUGAACACCGGCGCCAUCACUAUGGAGGAUUUGGAAAACUUUUUGGAAACCACGGACAGACAUCUGAAGCGAUGCUCCGAAAAACAAGUGCUGCUGCAGAAAGAGAGAGAUCGAUUGAUUGAAGUGAACAGGAUUAACGAAUCCGAAAUUAUAAAUUUGAAGAAGUUUUUGACUGAGCUGUCAGUUAGUUUCAAGACUUUCAGUUCAAUUAAGGAUUUGUAUUCGCAAAAGCUGAGCAGGGUGGUGUCCGUGCAAAGGACGGUGAGACGCGAGAUAUUGGGGCUCGAGGGCCACGUGACGGACGCCAUGAUGUGCAAGUUGGAGCGCGGAUACGCAGCUGUCAUGCAGGACUUGUCUGAAUGUUCCAUGAACCUGGAGAGAUGGGUGGAGCGGUGCAUUGCGAGGACGAUUUCGGCUGAGAAGAUAAAACAGGCCUUCAUAAAUGAGACCGAGCGAGCGUCCAUGGCUCCCUCGAGUUACCAGAACGCUAGCCUCGAGGUGCAGCUGGAUGAGCUUGAGAACUCGUUCCAGAAGCUUCUAGAAGAAGUGGUGCGAGCUCAGAAGGGCGAGGGCGCGCGCGAGCCGCAGGCCGUGACCGUGAUGGAGGUUCGCGCCGAGUACGAGGACAAACUCAACCGAAUGAAGGCUAAAAUGAAACAACUGUACCAGGAGCAGAUUCAAGUGUUUAAAGACAAGCAAAGGGAAGAGAUAGCGACGUUGGAGCGUGAGCUGCAGAAGACACGGGACCGGCUGGCGGAGUCGAGCCGCGCUUAUGAGGAGCAUAUAAAAGCGUUGACGACUGAGUUGUGGAGCGUCGGCGAGAAGUUCCUUAUGAAGAAGGACGAAGCUGAGUGGCUGAGGAAGAAGCAGCGGUCAGGCUCGCUCAUGUCGUUGCAGCAUGUACAUUCGGCCGGUUUAGUUCCGAACCACGAAGAGCCUCCGUCGCGUCCAUCAGAUACUCACUCGCUUCGCUCCCUACCCGUGCAUACUGGCAACGCUCGCGAGAAACGCGAAGGGCGCGGCUUGCACAUGUCAGACGAGGAGGGCGAGGUGUUCGACAACCGCUGUCUGAAGGAGCUGGCGACGCCGCGUCGGGAAUCCAACGCGGGACAGCGGCUGUCGGAGCUGCGCUGGAGGAACUCGUUCUGCCCGCCACACCUCAAGAGCUCCUACCCGGCGGAGACGCAGUUCGCACACGCAUUCGAUGAGGAUGAUAUUAAGAAUGCGGGAGCGGUGAGUAUAGGUCGAGCCAGUACCCUGCAGAGGAAGGAAGUCGGCAUUACGGCCUACAAGAAGCCUGGCCCACCCACGCCCAGCAAGCAAGCUGGUCGGCUCUCAGCCACGGACUCGGAGUUGCGGGAAUCCCUCCGCGUGGAGGUGGAGCCGGCCGCGGCGCGUAAGACCAGCACUCCCUCGCGCCUGCGCUCUCUCUUCCGCUCCGGACGUAGCGACGCUGUUGAUGGAACCCCUCGCAGAAGAUUGAGUAACAUUUUUAGAAAGAAGUAAUUACUGGAAGUAUUGUUGACUUUAUAUGCAAUUGUGGAUGGAAAUUAAAAUUAUUAAUUUAUUUUUUACUCCUCA